AUGGACAUCGCCCUUGUUUCGAGCAUAGCCGACUUUGCCGAGCCACCUCUUUGGGACCUCUUUUUCGUGUGGAAUAGUACGAAGAAUGGCGCUCUUCCCGGAAGAUUUCCCACUUACAACGACAGCCUAAGGCUAACCACGAUUUCACACUCGCCCACUUGCCUUCACACUCUCGGCAACUCAUUUCAAAGCAUUUCUUCUACUUUCGUCGCUUCGCAUGCUCCAGACUCUUAUCGCCACAUGUUACUAAAGUCCGGUUUUGUGUUGUCUACCUGCCCAGUUAAUGAGAAACAUAUUUCCACACGGCCAAGCCUUCUGUUUGCUCAGCAAAAGCCUUUUGGCCGUGCAGAAAGUGCAAUCAGGCAAGAAGAGAAGAAGAAUAAACCACCUACCCCUUCCCUGCCAGCCACCCAGCCAGCCAGCCAGCCAGCCAGACAUACAUACAGACAGACAGACAGACAGACUUCUAUCCUCCCGGAUUCGGUUCUAUCGGCUGGCAGACAGCCUGACGACUCGAGAAAAAGGAGCAUGGGUAAUUAUUGCACAGAAGGAAUCGGGAGUGAUUACUUGGGGCACGUUUUCUUUUCCCCAUCAGAUCUCACGAUACCUCCGGAAGCCGAGUUUAAGCAAACCUCGAAGUAA